AUGGACAAUAAAAUUUUACUAUCACCUGUUUAACUUGGUGAUUUACACCUAAAGAAUAGAUUAGUUGUUGCUCCUUUAACAAGGGUAAGAGCUGAUGAUAAGGGUAUUCCUACUGAUAUGAUGGUUAAACACUAUACUUUAAGAUCUCAAUUUGGACUAAUUAUCACAGAAGCUAGCUCUACAUCUCAUAACUCUAAAACUUUUGGAAAUUCUGGUAACAUUUAUACUGAAGAACAAAUGUAAGGCUGGAAAAAGGUAGUGGAAUCUGUUCACUAACAAGGUGGUUUGAUAUGCUUAUAAAUAUGGCAUGGAGGAAGGACUACCAACAAAGUAUAGAUCGAAGGAAGAGAUCCCGUAGCACCAAGCCCUAUAGCUAUUAAUGGACAAAAUAGAUACACUAAUCUUCCUUAUGAUGUUCCUCACGAGCUAACUAUAUAAGAAAUUAAAGAAGUAGUUGAAGAGUUUCGUAAAGGUGCUAUCAAUGCAAAAAAUGCUGGAUUUGAUGCAAUUUAAUUACAUGGCGCAAAUAGCUAUUUAGUUGAUGAAUUUUUGAAAGAUUCUUCAAAUAAACGUACUGAUGAGUAUGGAGGAAGUAUUCCUAAUAGAUGCAGAUUUGCUUUAGAGGUGAUAGAUGUUUUAAUUUCAGUUUUUGGAGCUGGUAGAGUAUCAGUAAGAUUUUCACCUACAGGAAGAACAAAUGAUAUGUAUGAUAGUAAUCCUUUAGAAUUAAUGACAUAUUUACUCUCUGAACUUGAUAAAAGAAAUAUAGCAUUUGUAGAAAUAAAAAGAUAUAAUCCCUUUGAUAUUCAUAUAAAUAAAAGUGAUUAAAUUUCUCCAGAAAUUCAGAUUCCCGAUUUUUUUAAAACAUUAAGAAAGUUAUACAAAGGAAAUAUUAUUGGUAAUGAUAGUAUUACUUUAACUGAAGCUGAAACUCUUGUCUAGGAAAAAACAGUGGAGGCUGUUUCUUUUGGAAUGUUGUCUAUUUUCAAUCCAGAUCUUGUUUAAAGAUAUGUAAAUGAUUGGCCAUUAAAUUAAAGCACUGAUAGAACUUAUUUUUAUGUUGGUGGCGAAAAAUUAUACUUAGAUGUACCUCUUUACACAGAUGAAAAAAAGGCAGAAAAUGGAGAAAAUUAGGUUAUUUCAUAAUGA